GUGUGCUUUUUGUCUUCUUCUCGUGCGGACCCAUAAAUUGGCACUACUUGACUCUCAUUAGGCGAUUUCCAACGGGCAACGGAAGGCGCAAUUAACUUAGAUAAUUAACUUAACAAAUGCAUAUAAUGGGUUUUUAAAGUUAAAUGGCCAUUAAAUUACAAGGGGGAAGAGUAUUUGUGAAUAAUAUGCAAAGUUCAAAGUGAAUUGUUGAUACUUUAACUAAAAUGGUUCACAUUAAACACAAAUAACAUUCUCACAAAUCGGAAAUAUAAAUUUCAAAUGUGUUCCAUUAGAUUAUUCGUGUCCUUUGUGGAAAUUCCAAAGUUGCACAGUAUGUAAGGUUUAAUCAUACGGAAAAUCAGCAUAAAUAAUGCGACGUAAAAUGGGAAAUUCAAUCGCCCUAUCAACAAAUGAGUUUAGCCAACAUUUGCUUUGAUGCGGCUAAUUGAAUUUUCCUGCGAAAGUGUAAAACGUAAAACGUAAAACGUAAAACGUAAAACGUAAAACGUGGGAGGCAGUCAAAAAAGUGAUUUCUGAUUUGUGUGGCAAAUUAAAAUUUAAAUGCAAACGAAUCAGGCGCACGCACCCACAUAUACACACACUCAUACACACACAUGCGAAAAAGGACAAUAGAUUACAAUAUCCUGGGGCGAGGCAAAAAGCAGCACGAGCAACAGCAGCAGGAGCAGGACAUACAGGCCCAGAUGGCCGGGGCAUGCGCCUGGGUGGGAUGCGGGUCGUCUCCGUGCUGAUGGCUGCCUGCCAGCAGCAGCAGCAGCAGCAACAGCAGCGGCAGCAGCAGCAGCAGCAGCAACGGCAGCCGACAACGGCGUCCGACCAUCAGCCCAACGGUUUCCGCUUGCUUACUGCCAGUGAGCAGCGGCGAGUGGUUCGGGCAGAGCGGAGAACGCGAGGCGAUGCCGAGUGGCUGGAGUCGUGGAGUUCCUGAACGAUGCCGAACACGCGCGCAUACUGCAGACAACGCACACAAGAAGAAGAAACAAAACAAAAAGCCGAUACAGAUACGGCUGCCGCUGGGAUUUGAAACCAGCCAAUCGGAGCGCUUCGUGGGGCAGCAGCAACAACAACAACGACGACAAAAAGGCAGCUGCCGUUGGUUCGCUUCAAAACCGGUCGACGACGCCGCAGUUGCAUUCAGUUAUUAACGAGCGCUACUCACAGCUACAGCAACAGCAGCAGCAGCAGCAGCCACAGCAACAGCAGAAGCAGCAGCAACGGCAGCAGCCACAGCAGAAGUCAUUUCACUCAACACACACACACAGAGACAGACGCGCGCACACGCUAUCAGUCGACCAGCGUGGUUGUGUGAGAGAGCGAGAGGGCAAGAGCGCACUUGAUAUACGCGUUGAGUCCGUUGAUUAUUUUCACGAGUUUGAGUCGGAGAGCGCAACAGAAAAACAGAAUUCAGUUUGAGUUGAGACGUUGUCGUGGGCACGUCGCAGCAAAGAGAAGAGCGCAUAGCAGCAAAACACAAAACAGCUACAGCGAAAAAUAAGACGUAAAGCCAGAGACCAAAGCAAAAAGAAAACAAGUUAAACAGUUGGUGCAAAGUGACAGUGCAACAACAAAUCAAGUGCUAACAACACAAACAAACAGAGAACAACAACAACAACAAAAACAACAAAGUAGAAAAAAUAAGGGAAUAUGUCUUCCACUUCCGCCUCGCCCAUCAGCAACAUAACCGUGGACGACGAGCUUAACAUAAGCAGAGAACAAGAUUUUGUCGAGGAGGAUUUCAUUGUCAUCAAGGAGGAGCGCGAGAGCAGCUUGUCACCCAUGCUGACACCACCGCACACGCCCACCGAGGAGCCGCUGCGACGUGCUGGCAGCUCGGUCACAGCCGCAGACGAGUCGGUGGCCACGCAGCUGCACAUGCGACACAUGGCGCACUACCAGCAGCAACAGCAACAGCAGCAGCAGCAACAUCAGCAGCAGCAGCAGCAGCAACAUCAUCGUCUUUGGCUGCAGAUGCAACAGCAGCAUCCACAUGGCCAUUAUCCGGUCUACGCCGGAGCCAAUGCCGAUCCCGUGGCCGUGCAUCAGCAGGCGCUGCUCAUGAACCAAUGGAUACGCAAUGCUGCCAUCUACCAGCAGCAACAGCAGCAGCAACAGCAGGCAGCAGCUGCUGCAGCGGCGCAUCAUCAUCACCCGCAUUCGCACUCGCACUCGCACUCGCAUCCACACCAUCCGCAUCACCAUGGCCAUCCUCAUGCACAUGGCCAUCCCCAUGUGCGUCCCUAUCCCGCUGGACUGCAUACGCUGCACGCCGCCGCUCGCCAUUUUGGAGUUAUGCCCAGUUUGAAGCUGAGCGGCGCCGGAGCAGCUGGCGCCACCGGAACAACGGGCAGCAGUCGCCCCAAGAAGCAGUUCAUCUGCAAGUAUUGCAAUCGCCAGUUCACCAAGUCCUACAAUCUGCUCAUCCAUGAGCGCACCCACACAGACGAGCGUCCCUACUCCUGUGACAUAUGCGGCAAGGCCUUCAGGCGCCAGGAUCAUCUCAGGGAUCAUCGCUAUAUACACUCCAAGGAGAAGCCAUUCAAGUGCAAUGACUGCGGCAAGGGCUUCUGCCAAUCGCGCACUCUGGCCGUGCACAAGGUCACCCACCUGGAGGAGGGUCCCCACAAGUGCCCUAUCUGCCAGCGCAGCUUCAAUCAGCGCGCGAAUCUCAAGAGCCAUCUGCAGAGCCACAGCGAGUCGGCGACUGCGGCACAGGCAGCAGCAGCAGCAGCAGCGGCAGCCGCACCACCAACCCAGGCAUUGAGCGCUGCAGCUCAACCUGCGCAGUUGGUUAGUCCCGGCUCCAAUCAGAGCACGCCCGCCUUGGAUCUGUCCUCGUCGGGUGGGGCCACAGCGCAGCGACCGAAGCGCACGCUGGGCUUCACCAUUGAUGAGAUCAUGAGCAGAUAGAUUGGGCAGCUGGUCGCAAUUUAUUGGUUUUACGUUCAGGAUGCACGCACAUCCAGAAUUCUGAGCGCCGCCAGGCAUGGGAAGUGCCUGGCCUGGAGUCGCAGUCAGCUCAGCAGCGCCGCCCAGUUCGAGAGUACGAGUUCGAGUUCGAGUUGCAGGGAACGCCCCCCCUGUCCAGCCAACGCUCGCCGUCGUCGCCGCCCCAGUGAACCACAGACAGUUCCGAACCAGUCACAACUAGCCCAAUCGGCUCUAUAUAUAUAAAUCCGAUCUUAUAUAGCUGUCGCAUUGGCGCUAAACACACUGCAAGAUGCCAAAGCAAAACAAAAACAAAAUGAAAUAAACAAAUGAGAACUUAAGUAAAAAGUAUUCCUCCCACAGAACGAUUCCAAAAUAUGGCAAUAAAGAGUACUUUUGCCUCACUAUAUUUUAAGCAUAAGUAGUAUGAGUAUUUCAACCACUUAGUAAUGAGUAGUAUCGAGUACUUAGUUAUAUAAUCGUAUGUACCUUAUAGACUAGUAGCCGCAUUCAGUUUGUAAUACACACAAUACCAAUUCCCGGAGACAACCUCAGACCUCUAUCGGUUAUUCAAAGACUGUACAAUUAUUUGUUUGUUUUUUUACUGAAUAUAUUUUAUAAAUACACAAGUACUUAAA